AUAGUAAAUGAUGGAUUGGAGCUGAGGCCAAAGUACAAUGGGAUUCUCCACUGCAUGACCACUGUCUGGAAGCAUGAAGGACUACGAGGCUUAUAUCAAGGGGUAACACCAAACAUGCUGGGAGCAGGGGCUUCCUGGGGACUUUACUUUUUCUUUUACAGUGCCAUCAAAGCUUACAGGAAGGAAGGGAAGCUGGAAAGUCUUAGUGCAACUGAACACCUAGUGUCAGCUGCAGAGGCUGGAGCCAUGACUCUCUGCAUUACCAACCCAAUAUGGGUAACAAAGACACGACUCGUGCUGCAAUAUAACGCUGGUGUGGACCCAUCAAAGCGGCAAUACAGAGGAAUGUGUGAUGCUCUUGUAAAGAUAUACAAGAUGGAGGGCAUACGUGGCUUAUAUAAGGGAUUUGUGCCUGGUUUGUUCGGAACUUCACAUGGAGCACUUCAGUUCAUGGCAUAUGAGGAUUUGAAACUGAGAUACAACAAGUAUAGAAACAGAGUAUCAGACACAAAAUUGAACACUGUGGAGUACAUAAUGAUGGCAGCUGUAUCCAAAAUAUUUGCUGUGUCAGCAACGUAUCCCUAUCAAGUUGUGCGAGCUCGUCUUCAAGAUCAACAUAAUACAUAUUCUGGUGUGUUUGAUGUGAUCCGCAGGACGUGGAGGAAAGAAGGAAUUCAUGGAUUUUACAAAGGAAUUAUCCCCAAUGUAAUCAGAGUGACUCCUGCCUGCUGUAUUACCUUUGUUGUUUAUGAAAAUGUGUCUGGUUUUUUACUUGGUUUUAGGAAAGAAAAUAAUUAA